UUUCAAAGUUGAAAGUUCCCUUUCACAUCGACACACUGCGGCUGGCGCCGGUAUUUUCCCGCCGAGACGAUGAAACAUGACACUACUCUGUUUCAUACAGUCUCCUUCCUCGUUCUCCUCUUCAAAGCCUCCAUCGCCGUCGAUUCCUUAGCGCCGAAUCAGACCCUCCUCGAUAACAACACAAGUCUCGUUUCUCCCAAUGGAAACUUCGUGCUUGGAUUCUUCAGCCCCCGGAACUCCACCAACCGAUACAUCGGAAUCUGGUUCAACAAAGUCACAAUUCAAACAGUAGUUUGGGUCGCCAACAAGAACAGCCCUAUUUCAGAUUCAUCAGGCGCACUCUCUGUCACGCCGGCCGGAAACAUCGUCAUCACCAGCAACCAGUCAUCUAUGCUUUGGUCCGCAAACUCCACUUCCAGCACCAGCAACCCUGUUUUGAGACUUCUAGACAACGGAAACCUCGUACUCGACCGCGAAGGAAGCAGCAACGGAAGUUAUUCGUGGCAGAGUUUCGACUAUCCUUGUAACACUCUGAUUCCCGGCAUGAGACUCGGGUGGGAUCUGAGAAGCAAUCAAGAACUGUAUCUGACGUCAUGGAAGAGCAUGGAUGAUCCUUCUCCAGGCGAAUACACGUACAGGAUGAAUCCCAGGGGUCUGCCUUCGAUAAUCCUACGGCAGGGAUCGACCAUCAGAUUCAGAAGCGGCCCUUGGGACGGCGUCCGUUUCGGCGGCGCCCCUGCUCUCCAGGGGAACUCGGUCUUCAACCCAAUUUUCAUCUUCAAUUCUACCGACGUUUAUUACUCAUUCGAAAACGCCGACGACUCCGUCGUUUCGAGGCUUGUGGUGAGCGAGUCCGGGGCUCUGACGCACUUCCGGUGGAGCGAGCCGAGCAACGAUUGGAUCAACAUCGCCACAUUGAUAUCCGACACCUGCGAUGAUUAUGACAGGUGUGGUAGCUUCGGCAUCUGCGAAUUUGGGAGGGCACCGAUAUGUGAUUGCCUGGCCGGGUUCGUUCCUCGGGUUGGGGAGGAGUGGGCGCGGUUUGAUUGGUCGGGCGGGUGCAGCAGGAGGACUCCGCUGAACUGUAGCACGGGUGCGGGUUUCAGGAGGUUUUCGAGCGUGAAAGUGCCGGACACGUCCGCAAGCUUAGUGGAUGCGAGUGCGAGGAACGAGAAGGAGUGCGAGGCAGCGUGUUUGAGGGACUGUUCGUGUGUGGCUUAUGCUCGGACAGAAGCGACCGGGUGUGUGGUUUGGUCCGGGGAGUUGAUGGAUAUCAGAGUGUAUGAAGAGGGUGGGCAAGAACUCUUUGUCAAAAUGCCUCUCUCUGAACUAGGCUCGAAAAAAUCGAAGAGAGUAGCUGUGAUUGUAUCAGUAAUGGCGGCUGCAUUCGUAGUGGUGUUGACCCUCGUCAUCUGGUUGGUUAUCCGUAAGCGGGUUGCUAAGAAGAAAGCAGAUAUGGCAGAGCAACAACAUGAUUUUCCAAACCAAAAUGAGAAUGCAAGAAUAAGUGAUGAAGAUGUGGCUUUACCAAUGAUUGACUUUCUUACCAUAUCAACUGCCACAAAUGAGUUCUCCUUCUCAAAUAAGAUUGGGGAAGGUGGUUUUGGCCCUGUUUACAAGGGCAUCCUAUCAAAUGGCAAAGAGAUAGCAGUUAAGAGACUCUCUCAAGAUUCUGGACAAGGCCUCCAUGAAUUCAAGAACGAGGUAAUCUUGAUUGCUAAACUACAACACAGGAACUUGGUUAGGCUUUUGGGAUGUUGCAUUCAUCAAAAUGAGAGAAUGCUGGUUUACGAGUACAUGCCCAACAAGAGUUUGGACCUCUUCAUAUUUGAUCAAACAAAAGAUACAUCUCUAGAGUGGCGGACGCGUUAUGAUAUAAUAGUAGGCAUUGCCCGCGGACUUUUGUAUCUCCAUCGCGAUUCAAGAUUACGAAUAAUUCAUAGGGAUCUAAAAGCAAGCAAUAUACUCCUAGACAAUGAAAUGAAUCCCAAAAUUUCAGACUUUGGGCUGGCAAGAAUGUUAGGGGCCGAUCAAUACCAAGAAAAUACGAAGAGAGUCAUGGGUACAUACGGGUACAUGGCCCCGGAAUAUGCAGUAGACGGCUUCUUCUCAGUGAAGUCGGACGUCUUCAGCUUUGGAGUGUUGGUGUUAGAGAUAGUAAGUGGCAAGAAAAACAGAGGAUUCUAUCAUCCCGAUCACGACCUCAAUCUCUUAGGACAUGCAUGGAAAUUAUGGACAGAGGGGAAUCCUAGAGAUUUUGUGGAUGCAUCCAUUCUAAAUAGAGAAUCUUUGGCAGUGAUAAGAUGUAUCCAAGUUGGGUUACUAUGCGUGCAACAAAGGCCCGAAGACAGACCUACAAUGUCAAACGUUGUUGUAAUGUUGGACAGUGAGCAUCCAAUAUUAGAUCAACCUAAACAACCAGGUUUCUACACGCAACGAACAAUGUUCGACACUGAUUCCUCCUCUACCGGGAAAAUGCCUAACACUUCCAAUGAAAUUACUGUUACAUUGCUCCAUGGUCGAUAGAUUCUUUUUAUGGGAGGGGCGUCGUUCAGAUAUAGAUUUGUAAUUUAUGUACUAUAAUAUGCAAUUAAUUAAAAAUGAGAUUAGGAAAAUAAAUAAAUUAUUCUUUCAA